AUGGCCAGCCCACUUGUGACGCGGCGAAAUGGCAAGAAGCAAGCAUGCGAGCCCUGUCGACGACGAAAGGUAGCAUGCGAUCAUGGCUACCCGGUGUGUGGACGUUGCAUGAAGCGACCGAACGGAGAAUCAACUUGUUAUUAUGCAGCGCCAGGUCACUCUAGUCAACCGGAACACGCAAAGCGGGCGCCGGACUCACAUUCUACGGAGCCUUCAUCCUGGCCACAUGGACAUGUCGCCCCGGAAGAUAAAUUUUGGAGCUCGCCAGCAGUUAGAGCGAACCCGGGUUUCUUCGGCCAGAGCAGUUUCUUGACUGCCUACUUGGAGACUGAGACAACUUUGGCCGUGCAGGAACCCUUGAUCACGAGGGACGUGGCCUUGUCCUCGGACUCAGUCUUGACCGAUGAAGCAACGCCGCCGUCGGUGACCGAGAUUCAGGACAUGGUGAAUAUGGACACAACAGCAACCCAACUUGCUGUCCGGGUCCUGCAAGCUAUCCCUGGUCGUGAAAAGACCACUGCAGCCCUUUUCCAGCUCCACUCCAACCCUAAUGAUGAGUGGAUGAGGAUAAUUGGCGAAAGGUUGACAGCGAGCACUUGGGAAACGUUUGGUUCCCGUCUCCGUGACAGGGAAAAUAGAGCCAAGUUGCGCGAGCUUGGCGGCAUGAUUUGCAUCAACACAAGAAGAGUAUUGAAAGAAGACCAAGGAGACCCUUUGGAAUGGCUUCAAAGUUUCUCAGGGCCCAACCUGCGGUGGGAGGCGGUUGGGUUGAUGUUUAUGUACGCAGCCUUCGGUGAAUUAUCUGUCUCUGCCUCCACGAGUGCAGAGUCUAGAAAGCUCAUAGGCAACUAUACGGAAUAUUGCUCAUCUUGCAUCACUCUCGCCAACAUCGGGGGUAGCUCUGGCUCUCUGAUGCUCUUUUUAUUGUAUAAACGCUCGGUGUUACAUGCGUGCAUGCAUGGAGAUACUAGUCUUCCAUAUUGGAAGUUUCACGCUGAAACAGUUGCGAUGCUAACCUUUGCUGGCUAUCACGACGACAGGUCCAGGGACCCAUUGGCUUCUGCUUCGCAGACAACGCCAUCGCUGGAGGCUCGGCGACGAAUCAUGUGCCAAAUAUUUAUUGUAGAUAAAUACCUUGCUACAUUUGUGGGACGCCCACCUCUCCUGACACGAAGAUUUUGCCGUAUCAAAUUGCCUUUGGAUUUGGACGAUACUGCAUUAGUAUCUGACACAGAGGUAUUUCAGGAGCAAAUCCGUAACCUUGAUUCUAACGGGUGGAACCAAAGAGGCCGCAUAUACUCAAGUUCGAUCCUUCGCUUUCGCAUGAUGGUAGCUUUAAUCCGGGAUGGCGUUCUUGAAAUUGGCUUGGGUUACUCUGAUGAUUUUACCCUCGAUGAUAUAUUGAAGCUGAAAACGAAAGAGCUUGAUCUAUAUGAAAAGCUACCAAUUCACAUGAUUGGCAAUCCCACAUUUGACGAUAUCGCAGGCGUUGAUCCGCAACUGAUCUACUCACAACUAGUCAUACGACUUGAUCACCUGCUUAAUCUAUUCUUAGUAGAGCGAUUGCUGGUCAGGAAUGGCCAGUCAAGAGGAGACCUCCUGCGGACUAGUUUUGAAAUGGUUGUCUUGACUAUGCACUUUUGGACCAACAAACACAGAUGGACAGAAAGCCAACGAGAAUGCCACUGGCUGAUAAUGGGACAUGCAGCCCCCGCCGGGGCGCUUUUGUGCCUGGAGCUGGUAGACCCGAGCCCUAUGGAGAGUGUAGCAGACGGACAUGUCAUCGCAGGCGAGAUCUAUUCCAGAUCAUCUAUCAUUCAGCAACUGAGCAUUCUGGUAGGAUUCUUGAACUCAUCAGGGCCGUCACAGCCUAAUCAUUGUGUUGCAUCCAACGCAAAAUCCGUUAUCAAAAAGGUUCUUGAUCACGUUCUCAACCAAACGAUGCAGCGCCAAACACCAAUGGGGUUGGAAAACUUUGAUUCCGCAACUGGCUGGGAAAGCUUCGCACAGUUUAAUCCUCUGGAUGAUAUUAGCUGGUUUGAUCAAGACUGGAUCCUAGAAGAGUCGAAUAGUUCAACGUAA